CUAAUCAGUCGUUGUUGGAUAUUCGCAGUGAUCAGACGUAAAAAUUCCACUUUCAACUCACGCGCAGCGUUAAUUCCAAACAAAAGCCAUUUUUUUUGUUAAGAAAUUGAAGAGUUGAGAAAAAAAACAGUAACGCAUUUGAAACCGGCUUUGAUUUAUUCAAAACUAGAUUGUGAGAAACAGCGAAAUUUUGUGCUAAAAAGGGCAAAGAAAAUCGACGAGUAUUUUGGAAAAGAAACUGGUCGCAAAGAAAAAGGUUCUCAGCCAUCGUGUUAACGAUCGGGGUCGUUGUCGUUUGUCAAUUUUGCUUUGCAUAAUGUAUCGGCUUAAAUUGUUAAUGUGCACAUUUGUGUUAUGCAUCAACUGCGCUCUAUCUGCACCAUCGUCAUCGCUCCUAUCGGCACUGCUAUCACCAUCAGCAGCAGCGGGCGCAUCUCAGGCAGCACGACAGAAACCAGAGACCGGUUUAACCACAUACGAUCAAAAGCAAAGUGGAAAGUAUAACAUUCAUUUGAAUAUAAAAGAUGUUGCGAUCAUUGCCCUAGAUGCUGGCGGUGUGGACAGUGGUGUAGGUGAUUUUGGUGAGGACUAUUACGAAGAUUAUGAUUUAUCCGAUUUCACGGUGAAGCCUAUAUUCGGUCUAAUUGAUAUUGCAUCAGAUAAACCAUCGUCAAGCACCGCUGCGCCGGAAUUAAUUCACUUUGAGCCAGAUGAUGAAGAUCUUGCUGCGGCAAAUCAAACCGACAGUGCAACGAACAAACCAAUUGAAGAGCCACUCAUCAAAGAUCCAAUUAAUAAAACCCAAUCGGUGACUAUUCUCAGUGAGAACACAGCGUCAGCCGCAUCAAUUUUAAUUAAUCAAACUCCGUCAUCCGGUGGUAUCGUGGUGACAACGCCAACACCGGCACCCGAAGAUCUUCCACCAAAGCUGUCCCUAGCCGAUAUUGCCAACGUUCAAAGUGCACAAAAACCAUUCCCAACCAAGCCCAAUGAAAUUCCAGUUCAAAUUAUUUUGGAACAACUUCCAGCGCACAAAGACUUGAGUCGACAACGACCAAACACCAAUUGGCACUUGAGAAAUCGUAUACGCGCCACACCGAGUGCCAAUCGACGAAUUACUCCACCGCACGACGCAAUCGGUAAUAAUAAACAUCGCCAAAACUAUUUUGCACACGCUAAUCGCCGCAAUUGCGCUCUCGAUCAAAAUGGACAAUGCCAAAAUAGUAACAGACGCAUCAGUUCACCGACCUUGAACGGUAUUUUAAGUUUUUUGUCAUUCUUGUCACCACAAGCGAUGCAGAAGCUGGAGUAGAUCUGGCAGAAAAAGAGCGGACAAAAGACGAGAAAAAAAUUAUUGAGAAAGGAGAAAAAGAAAGAUAAGAACCGAAAACCACUAUAGAAAGUACAUUGAAAAAAAGGGAAAAAACUUUGUCGAAAAAGAAGAAAAACAAAACAGAUUACUCUCUUUUUAGAAACAGAUAUUUUUUUCAUUGCUGACGCAUACACCAUAUCAUGCAAUGGGCAUUACAAGAAUAACGCAUAGAAUUUUUUUUAAUGUAAUUUCGAGAAUUUGGAUUUAAACUUACUCACCAGCAGCCAGCCGGAUGUCGAUUGAAGCAAGAGAACAAGCAUGAAUUUUUCGGUGAUAAGAAUAAAUGUACUUACUCAUAGGAUAAGAUUUCGAAAUAAAAUACAUUUG